AUGGCGAAUGGCAUGGCAGGCCAUGAGCACGAUUUCUACGUCUACGUGAGCGAGUCCAGCUGGCUCAACACGCCGGGUACUGGCGGGACCGAGUACAGCUCCUUGAACGAGGGGCUGCCGUACUGGUUCAACGGACUCGUACCGCUGGCAUAUCAGCUCGACGACGACAGGCUCAAGGCGCAGGUCCAGGAAGUUGCAGAUACCGUCUUGGGGUUCCAGGCCACUGACGGAUGGAUCGGGCCAGAGGUGGGUGAUGCCAGAAACUUUUGGGCUCGCACUCCCUUCUUCCUUGGCUUGACGCAGCUUGUCGAAGCGGAUAGCUCGUGGGAGACCCGGGUCAUAACGGCGCUCCGUCGCUUCAUGACGCUGGCCAACAAGAUGCUCCGCAACAACAGUCAGGGAUUUGCAAGCUGCCCUGGAAACGUCGACUGCACUUGGGGACAGGCGCGUGUGCACGAUCUCAUCAUCACUAUCCAGUGGUUGCUGGAAAAGUAUCCAUCCGACCAGGAUUCACUAUUGUGGGACAACAUGAAUCUGUUUUACUCUCAGACGAACUACAAGUGGGCGGAUUGGUAUACCGAGGGCGUAUUCCAGGAGGUGGUGAACCCUAAUAAUGCCUCCAACUUUCCAUAUAUCCACGGAGUCAAUGUCGGCCAAGGCUUAAAGGCAUCGACCGUCAUCUACAGAGUGACAGGGGACGAUGAUAUGAUUACCAAAAGCCAGAAUGCCGUCGAAUGGACAUUUCAAUAUCACGGCUCAGCUUCUGGAUCCAUCCUGGCCGACGAGAGGGAGCGCGAUUUGGCCCCUUACAUCGGAAGCGAACUUUGCACAGCCGUUGAGACAUCUUACUCCCUGGCCUACAUGUAUCAGGUCCUUGGGUAUAACUCGUAUGCCGAUCGUGCCGAGAGGACUAUUUUCAACGCGUUUCCCGUGAUGAUGACUGGCGAUAAAUGGUCUCACCAAUACAUGGACCAGCCGAAUCAGCCCUCUGCCCUCAACAUCAUCAGGAGCGACGGUAGUGUGCCGCAGGUCUUUACGACGGCGAAUAGCGGCGUGGCCACAACAUUUGGCAUGGAGCCUCUCUGGGUGUCGCACGCGGGCGGUCUGGCGCAUGCUCUUCUUGGCCCAUCAACAGUAAAAACGGUUCUCAACGGAGGUUCGGUCACAAUUACAUGCGACACAAACUAUCCCUUCAGCAACGUUCUCAAGUACUCCAUCAAUGCAGACAAGGCUUUCACUCUAUACCUGCGCGCGCCCGAGUGGUCCAAUAACCGGAUGUCUACCGUGUCUCAGUCUGGCGCGUCUUCAUCUCGCCUCACCCUUGAUGCCGAUCCGACGACGGGCAUGACCAAGAUCUUUGUCAACCCCGGAAAGACUACCAUCACAUACAUCAUCGUUGCCGGAGUAAGGACGGAACAAAGGCCAAACAACAGUGUUGCCGUCUUUUAUGGCAACUUGCUCUAUGCGUUAGAUGUUGGCUUCUCCCAGACUUCGUCUCUGCCACACGCAUAUUAUGAUCCCAGUGGCGCUGGGAUUUCUGGCUUGCCCUUCUCUCAGCUGCGAGAUUACUACGUCAACAGUACUAAGCCGUGGAACGUCGCAAUCGAUCCCUCCACAAUUCAGUAUCAUGGUGUGAGCAGCAAUGCUACCCUCCCAGAUCCCAUUUUUGAGCAGGGCGCGCCGCCGAACUAUAUGACUGUUGAUGGUUGCCAAAUCAACUGGCCGUUGUAUCUUGGAGUGACGCCUGAUGUGCCGCCUCUGAACAGGAAAUGUAUCGGGGCGAGGAAGUCGUACAAGUUGGUGCCGUAUGGAGGCGCAAAAGUGCACAUGUCGGAUUUACCAACAAUCAAGUUUUAA